GUCUGCCUGUUUCUCUCUCUACCUGUCUCCCUCCCCUCUGUCUGUCUUUAUAUGUCUUGUCUCUCAGAGUCUGAGGAGGAUUCUGUUCGGGGGGACGUUUCAUGUGUUUCCCUAUGAGUGGAGGAGAUCUGUGUUCCAGUUCAGAGAGACGGACUCGGAGGACUCGUACGCUCUGGAGACGGACAUGGGCGGGGCUCGGGCUGUUCAGAUGGUUGUCCAGGCUCGGAUCAUUAAAUUCCUGCUGUUUAUCCGGCAGAGCGACUCUGACACGCAGGCACUGCACAGCGUGUGUCGGGCGGGGCAGGCCCGGGCGCUGGCUGCUGCGCUGACCGACAGCCUCUGGUUGGCCGGUGAGGGGGUCAGCGCCACUGUCACCUUGGUAACUGAAGACUACUGCAUCACCCCGCAACUGGACUACAAACUGGACGACUUCACAGAAAGGCUACAGCUGUUUACGUUUCACAAGAAGGACGACGUGGAGCGAUUCAUCCUGCAGCAUCUGCAGUGUUUUACAGACGAGGACAGUCAUGGAGUCAUCCUGUUCCUCUACAGCAUCAUUUGCUCACGCACCGUCGACAGACUGAAGGAGGACCUGGACUCCAGCACGUCUCCUCUGCUGUCCCCCAGUCCAGGAAACUUUCUGUGUCAUCAGGCUCUGUUGAACCUGCUGCUGACUGGUCGGGCCACGCCUCAUGUCUUUAACGGCACGCUGUCCUGCGGCGAGGACGGCCGUCCCCUGCAGCGCCCCCUGCAGGGCAUCCUGUCCCGCAGCGACGUCGGAUAUUUACACUGGAGCCACGAGCAGAUGGAGCGAGGACGCCUACCACAGGUGGGCUCCAGGCUGAAGACGCCCCUGUUCCCAGUCUGGCUCUGCUGUAUCAACCGGAACUUCUCUGUGGCAUUCAGCCUGAAGCGCUCGCUGCUCUCUGAUUGGAGGACGGAGCACCUGUUCCAGCUGUUCUACUGCGGCGGGCGGUGGUCCCCGAGGACGACGGCGCGGCUGACCAUAGAUACCCGCUCCAACCGAUGGGGGGCGUCAGGCGAGCAAGAGACCAGCUCCCGGCCCCUGGACAUGACCAUCAGGACCAAGUGGGCCGGCGCCGCCGUGGACUGGAGCGGCACCGCCCCCUUCUACUGA